GCCGAAGCGGAUGCUUUUGAGCUCGGCCAAGUUCAUCGCGCGGCGAAGCACCGACUAUUAGAAGCAGAAGUUGGUAGACAGAAGAAGGCGGUCGCAGCCAGCGGUGCUCAUCAAUCAUACACCUAAUUACCUUUUAUUUCACCGGCUGAGCUCGUUCAUCGUUCGAGAAUCGAGGGAAGAAGCUCGGUUGAAAUUCGGUUGUCGUCUUCUGGUUAAUUAGUCUGCAACAAUGAAUGCCCCAGAUAGAUAUGAACGCUUCGUCGUGCCCGAGGGCAUGAGAAACUUCACAGGGAUCCGAAUGUGCUGUUUGCUGGCUACAAGCUGCCACAUCCUCUACAACAUCAUGUGCUGAUUCGGGUGCAGACAAAUGGGAUAAUAUCGCCGCUGCGAGCCUUCAGCCAAUCCAUAACAGACCUCGACAAUGAACUGGCUCAUCUGAAGCAGCAAUUUGAGGCUGAGCUUGGGAGGGAGAACUGCUACUGAGGAUCUGCUAGAGAGGGAAAUUGCUUGGGAGAGAGGGAGAAUUGUUAUUGAAGAUUUGCAAAAGCUCUCUCUCUCUCUCUCUCUUUCUCUCUCUCUCUCUCUCUCUCUCUCUCUCUCUCUCUCUCUCUCUCUCUCUCUCUCUCUCUCUCUCUCCCCUCUGGUACUCUCUUUCUCUCUUUCUUUCUGUUUUUCUAGCAUAUGUGUACGCUCGCUUAAGCACCACAUGCCAGAUUGGGCGGGAACAUCAACCCAUUGAAGCAGAUGUCGUAUCGGUCAGAAUGUGCCCUAGAAAAUGUGCUGAUUUGAUUUGCAAACGAAAACAAUAUGGACGAUGAGCUUGGUAUCGUAGAGUGUUUGUAACUCUGCUUUCGAUCUUGCGUGAAGUUUUGUGAAAACCAUGCACAACAAAUUUGCGGGUUUCCGUAGCAAGGGACAUAAUUGGAACUUCCAGGAACUGCAGCUGUUGUCCCGACAAUUUCCCAGCAGCCACAUCUGCAUCCCAUAACUUUUUCAUUCCUCUCUUCGUCCGUCGCAAAUGGAGCGUCCAGAGACAAAUUCACAAGUCCCCAGCACCACGUCGUCUAUUUCCAGUCGCCUGAGGGGUCAUACGGACACAGUGUGUUGCUGUGAUUUUGACGCCUCAGGAGGACUGCUUGCAACGGGUGGUGAGGAUUCGUCCAUUCGCGUUUUCGACGUACCGUCGCACGCUUGCUGCCAAGUUUACACUGGGAGGUUUGCGCAGGAUGCUGUGACGUCUGUGCGCUUCUCAAUGAGUGGGGACCACAUCCUUUAUGCAGCAGCAGGAACUGUUGUUUAUGCGUUUGACGUUAGGAAGGGAGGCGGUGACACGGAGCCGAUUCGUACGUUCAAGGUCGCCGGAGAGGAGGUCAAUCAGGUAACCCUUAAUCGAAAGGGGAACUUCUUGGCUGCUGCUGACGAUAUCGGCGAGGUGAAGGUCGUAGAUCUUAGGACGAACAGCGUGUUCAAAACCUUGAGGAGGGGUCAUUCGAAUAUCUGUACGAGUGUGCAGUUUCAUCCGAGAAGGCCGUGGGAGGUCGUGUCGGGGGGCCUCGACUCGCGAAUCCUCAAGUGGGAUUUCUCAACGGGGAGGGUGAGAAAGGAGUGGAAUCUAUCGGCCGAAUCGACAUUGGACGAUUCUGAAGCUGAGGGAGUCGGUCAGAGCAGGAUGUGUAAUCCGCCAAUGGUGCACGCACUGGCCGUGUGCGAGGAAGAUUGCGCAAGCGAUGUCUCGAGUCUUCUUGUUGCGGGCCGAGGGGACGGUGCAGUUGCAGUCUACGAUCUGGAUGCCGAGGCUGCUUUGGGAUCAUCAUCAAAGGAGCAACAGCGAAAGGGCAGCGGUUCACGGGGCAAGGACCGGGGAAAGCGACCAGCGCCUGUAGGUGCAUGUGACCAGACAUCGCCCAUAAGUUUGGGAAUGCUCGGCUCACAUGCAGCAGCUGUUUCUCAUGUGACUUUUGCGAAGAUGUCCAAUCCUGGAGAGUUUGCCGUAUCUGGAGGAAAUGACAGGCAGGUUCGCGUCUGGCAAUUACGAAAGCCCGUUUCUGUUCAGCAAGAGCUAGCGCCAGCGGGGUUAGAUGUACAGUCGUCCCUGCGGAGUUCAUUGCCGGCGGUUGGUGGCGGAUCUGGCGCUUGUGGCGCCGAGAUGGGCGAGUCGAAACCCUUGGUUCUUACCAUUAACACGAAGCGGAAAGUCAAUUGGCUAGCUACAAGGAGGAGUGCUCUGGAGAAUCUGGCAGUCGUGGACACAUCGUCGAUUGUCACCUUGUAUACAAUUGGUCCCUAAAAUGUCCACAUGGCGAUUGACCGUCAAUGUUGCCAUCGGUACCAGUUCCAGUUACAUGAUUAGCGAAUUUUUCGUGGCGUUUUCCAGAUGGCUUGUAGGCUGGGUGGCUUCUAUUCAGGGUGGAUGUUGUUCGGUGCGCGGUCUGUUUCCUCCAAGCACAGGAUAACUAUGAACAUCACCGAUGAUGAACUGCAUCGACGACAGCCUGUAGCUCCUGCCAGCGAUGCUGUCCACCUGCAGCUCCCGUUGACCACCACGUGCACGACGAUCGGCGCAAUUACAGGCGUGCAACUCCCGAUUCUACAUACCGGUUCAUAUGAAGUUAGCAAGCGGACGCCAGCAUGCUGUUCUUCAUGUUCUCCGUGCUUCUCUUUCUUUGGCGGCACAUGGCUCGGCCAUGUUCUGCACAUUUUCAGACCUUCGUAUUUGCUACUUUGCUCACGUACAUAUCGCCUUGCAUGUGUGAAACUCGGUACUGAUUAAAGAGACGGUUGCCUUUUGGUGGACACUGAUCGGCGUUCUUCCUUACAUGUCUCUGUCUCACGCUAAGGACUUGCAUGCAACCAUAGUGUGGGUCUUUUUUCCCCCUUCUUGGAUGUGUGUGUGGAGGGAGAAGGGCUGGGGAAAGGGAGAUGGAGAAAAAUAUGCAAAG